AUGGUCAUACCGAACCCCCUACCCGACUCUGAGCCCGAGCCCGAUAUACGAAGCCAUCAGUAUGGCAACACCUCUCAACCACAACCCGUCGCCACUGGCGGCCCCGGUGGCGGCACCCACCCUCCUUCGCCUGCCUCAGUCGUUAUUCGUCGCGCCUCGGCGCCGUCCACGAUAAUUGAGGACGAUGGUGACGAAGUUACUACUGACCCCACGCCCUGGCAAAGCUUCAAGAAUAUGCUGCGCUGCCAACCCGCGCUCUUCGCGUGCCCCGUCAUUCUCCCCAUUGCCUGGGCCUUGCACUUUAGCCACCAGAACGCCAUUGCAGUGUUCAUCACCAGCUUGCUCGCGAUCAUCCCUCUUGCUGGUGGUCUAAGCUUUGCAACCGAGGAACUCGCCACCCGAAUUGGUGACGCCUGGGGCGGUCUCCUCAACGCCACGUUUGGUAAUGCGGUCGAACUGCUCGUCGCCAUCCUUGCACUCGUCAAGGGUGACCUCGACAUUGUGCAGGCGUCCAUGGCCGGCUCGAUCCUCAGCAACAUUCUGCUCGUGCUGGGAAUGAGUUACUUUGCCGGCGGUCUCCGCUUCCACGAGCAGCUCUAUGGCGUUGUCGGCGCCCAGACCAACAUUUCGCUGCUGAGCAUCACGGUCGCCGCCGUCCUGCUCCCGGAGGCGUACCACCUGGCAUUCCCAGACUCGACGCGCGGCAGCGGAAGCGCACGCUCCAGCGCCGCACAGCUGUCGCCCGUGGAGCUCAGCACGAUCCUCGCCAUGUCCCGUGGCUUGAGUUUCAUCCUCCUCUUCGUGUACGGUGUCUACCUCACGUUCCAGCUGUACACGCACGCCUACCUGUUCAAGACUGUCCGCGAGGCAGCGCACGCCCUCCCGCCCCCAAACCACGCACACGUCUUCCCGCGUCCCAACUGGGUCGCGUCGCUGCGCACCGUGCCCACGCGCGACACGUACCAGGCCGGUGACGGCACCUCGCCGCGUCCGGGCUCGCCCAUCGUCCGCGCCCCCACCGAGGUGGACGGCGACUUGAGCAACCGCGCGUCGUUUGCCGCCAUCCAGGGCUCACACUCUGACCUCGGCAUUGCGACGGCACGCGCGCGCUCGGGCUCGGCACCAGACGCACACGCCGGUCACACCCACCUGCAGAACCUCGCGCUCCCCGACGCCGACCUGCGCUGGCGCGAGAAGCGGCCCGACAUGGACGUGGACAGCACCGGCAGCCCCGUGAGCAGCCUGCAGGCCAUGAACACCCUCGUCGACGUCGAGCGCGGCCACGGCCCUGCCGUCCACCAGCGCCUCGUCCUCCCGCACCCCGAGCCCAAGGUGGGCAAGGUCUUUGCCCUCGUCUCCCUCGCAGUGUUCACCGGUCUCGCGGGCCUCACUGCCGAGUGCCUCGUGAGCUCCAUCGACGGCCUGACCGAGGAGACCAACGUCUCGCGCGAAUUCGUCGGUCUCAUCCUCCUGCCCGUGAUCGGCAACUCGGUCGAGCACAUCACCGCCGUCACCGUGUCGCUCAAGGACCGCCUCAACCUCUCCCUCUCCAUUGCCGUCGGCUCCAGUAUCCAGGUAUCGCUUUGUCUCCUGCCCUUGCUUGUCCUGCUCGGCUGGGCGAUCGGCCAGCCGAUGAGCCUCCUGUUCGACACCUUUGAGACCAUCUGUCUCGUCGUCGGCAUCAUCAUUGUCAACUUUGCCAUCACGGACGGAAGGACCAAUUACCUCGAGGGUGCAGUGCUCAUGGCGGCGUAUGUCUGUAUCGCACUUGUCUGUUGGUUCUACGACCCUGUCCAUUAA